GCAGAGCUCGAGAUCGAGAGCAAGAGAAGAAACAGAUGGAGAAAAUGGAGACGGAGAUGGCGGCGCCGGCCAAGAUGUUCCCGCUGGCUGUGGACUCUGAGCACAAGGCCAAGUCCUUCAGGCUCUUCUCCUUCGCCGCCCCGCACAUGCGCGCCUUCCAUCUCUCCUGGAUGGCCUUCUUCGUCUGCUUCGUCUCCACCUUCGCCGCGGCGCCGCUCAUCCCCAUCAUCCGCGACAACCUUAACCUCACUAAGCGCGACAUCAGCAACGCCAGCGUGGCCUCCGUGUCCGGCUCCAUCUUCUCGAGGGUCGCCAUGGGCGUGGUGUGCGACCUCCUCGGCCCCCGCUACGGCUGCGCCUUCCUCGUCCUGCUCACGGCGCCCGCCGUGUUCUGCAUGUCCCUCGUCCACGACCCGGCGGGCUACAUCAUGGUGCGCUUCCUCAUCGGCUUCUCGCUCGCCACGCUCAUCUCCUGCCAGUACUGGAUGAGCACCAUGUUCAGCGGCAACAUCAUUGGCGCCGUCAACGGGCUUGCCGCCGGCUGGGGCAACGUCGGCGGCGGCGCCACGCAGCUCAUAAUGCCACUCGUCUACGAGGCCAUCCGCAGCAGGUGCGGCGCCACGCCCUUCUCGGCCUGGCGCGUCGCCUACUUCGGCCCCGGCACGCUGCACAUUGUCGUCGGCAUCAUGGUGCUCACGCUGGGGCAGGACCUCCCCGACGGCAACCUCUGGAGCCUGCAGAACAAGGGCCAAGUCGCCAAGGACAAGUUCGCCAAGGUGGCCUGGGGUGCCAUAACCAACUACCGUAGCUGGAUCUUCGUGCUCCUCUACGGAUACUCCGCUGGCGUCGAGCUCUGCACCAACAACGUCAUCGCCGAGUACUACUACGACCACUUCCACCUAGGCCUCCGCACCGCCGGCACCAUCGCCGCCAGCUUUGGACUCGCCAACAUUUUCGUGCGCUCCAUGGGCGGCUACUUCUCCGACGUCGGCGCGCGCUACUUUGGAAUGCGCGCCCGUCUCUGGAACAUUUGGAUCCUCCAGACCGCCGGCGGCGCCUUCUGCUUCUGGCUCGGCCGCGCCUCGAGCCUGCCCGCUUCCGUCACCGCCAUGGUCCUCUUCUCCAUCUGCGCCCAGGCCGCUGAGGGCGCCAUCUUCGCGGUCAUACCCUUCGUCUCCCGCCGCUCCCUCGGCAUCGUCUCGGGGAUGACCGGCGCCGGCGGGACCUUGGGCGCGGCCUUCAACCAGCUGCUCUUCUUCACCUCGUCCAAGUACGGCACUGGGCAGGGGCUCCAGUACAUGGGCAUAGUGACAAUGGCAUGCACGCUGCCAGUCAUGCUUGUGCAUUUCCCGCAGUGGGGCUCCAUGCUCUUCCCAGCCAACGUCGGCGCUGACGAGGACAAGUACUACGGCGCGGAGUGGUCGGAGGAGGAGAAGAGCAAGGGACUCAACGCCCGCACCGUCAAGUUCGCCCAGAACUGCCGAUCAGAGCGCGGCAGGCACCGCAACGCCAUCCUCGCCAACGACACCAACCAGCAUGCAUGAGUAUUUAGGUUGGAUUGAAAUGUGCCCAAAAAGAAGGAUGCCACGUCUUGGUCAACUAGCAAUGGCAGUAUUAUAUAUCUUCAUCAUCAAGAUCCUUUCUUUUAUCAUUAAACGCUAAAACUAUCUUCAAUGGAAUAAGGAUUGCAUGUGGGUGAAUUUCAGGUCCUUGUUUAACACUUGACAUAAAUUAAAGAGGUUUGA